AUGGAUCUUCAUAGCCCGUUAAUGACAAGGACCUCUUGUUGCCCCAAGUGCCGAUCCAGAAACAAAUGCUCUCCCUGAAUUGGACCUGAUCCAAUUCGACAUUUGGAUCUCCGCCCCUUGAGUGGCCUUCGGCUUAUGGACUACUGUCCCGCCAGCACCAGAACGCAACUCCAUUUCUUCAAUUCUACUGCUGCUGAUCUGAUGCCUUAUGAUAUACGCAAAUCCUAUGGUUCUUAGCUAACUACUCUUCAUUUUUUAACAAUUCUCGCACCGAAACCAUUGCAUUUCUUCAAUUUUCCACUAUUUCAAUUCCAUCUUGCACCAGCUAAUCCAAAACUUGUCCGAAUCGCUAAUAAGAACGCUCAUCAGUGCAUGGAAGCUCCAUCGAUCCAAAUUUAGGGCUUUCAUUUUAUUGGAGAUUUUUUUUUAUCAAUGGCUUCGUGGCUUAAAGCCGCAGAAGAUUUGUUUGAAGUUGUAGAUCGAAGGGCAAAGUUGGUUGUCAGUGAGUUGGCAGACGAGCAUUCUGAUUCUCAGUUGCCAGCUUCUAAUGGGCAAGGAUCUCAACCUAAGAGGGCAAAGCCUAAGACAAAGGCACAGAAGAGGCUAUCCACAAAUAUACCCUCUCAAGCAAGUGCCACUACAGGGGAAUUGACUAGUACAGAAACUUCAAAAUUAGAUGUAUUGUCUGAUAAAGAUAGAGUUACUCUUUUGGUUGAAAAUGAUGCAGCCCCCUCUAGCAAGUUGAUGCCGCAAACAGUCGCUGAACAGCAACAGAAUAUUGGCAAAGAUGUCUCUAGCAUUACAUCAUCAGAGAGACCAUCAAAUGAAGUUGUUAAAGAUGAUGCUGACCAUGAUAAAGUUCCUGUAACUGCUGUUGAUGCAGAUGUUACAACAUCAGCUUCAAAUGGUGACACUGUCAAUGAGAAGGCUUCUGAUGUUCCUGUAGAAUGUCCUCCUUCCCCAUUACCUGCCAAAGAAAUAGAGGUUUUGGAUGAAGACCGUCAAGACCAUCCAAUUGAUGCUGAGAUCAAGCUAAGGGAUGCUGAUGUUUCUUCAAAUACUGACCAAGAAAGAUCUCAGUCAGCAAUUACUGAUCCUCCUGUUAAUGGUGAAACUUCACUGAAAGAUGCUGAUCUUAGCGCUGAACCUCUGGUUGAUCAACUGAACCAGCAGCAUCAGUAUAAAGCUGAUACUUCACCUAUGAAAGUACAGGAACAACUUGAUGAGGCUCAAGGACUCCUUAAGACAGCAAUUUCCACUGGCCAGUCAAAAGAGGCAAGGUUAGCACGGGUUUGUGCUGGACUGUCAACUCGCCUUCAAGAAUACAAAUCUGAAAAUGCACAGCUGGAGGAACUUCUCAUUGCUGAGAGAGAGUUGAGCAAAUCAUACGAGGCUCGUAUAAAGCAGCUACAACAAGAUUUGUCUAUAUCUAAAAGUGAGGUGACCAGGGUAGAGUCAAAUAUGUUAGAGGCUUUGGCUGCAAAAAAUUCUGAAAUUGAGAGCCUUGUCAAUUCUAUGGAUGCACUCAAGAAACAAGCAGCUUCGUCUGAAGGAAAUCUGGCUUCAUUGCAGGCAAAUAUGGAGUCUAUUAUGAGAAACAGAGAACUAACAGAGACAAGGAUGAUGCAGGCACUUAGGGAGGAGCUAGCCUCUGUUGAGCGAAGAGCUGAAGAAGAACGUGCAGCACAUAAUGCUACCAAAAUGGCAGCUAUGGAAAGGGAAGUCGAUUUGGAGCAUAGAGCUGUUGAGUCUUCCACAGCCCUUGCUAGGGUCCAGAGAAUUGCUGAUGAGAGAACAACAAAGGCAGCAGAACUUGAGCAGAAAGUGGCACUGCUUGAGUUUGAGUGUGCAUCAUUAAAUCAAGAGUUGCAAGAUAUGGAAGCUCGCGCUCGUCGUGGACAAAAGAAGUCCUCAGAAGAGGCAAAUCAAGUGAUUCAGGCUUGGCAGGAAGAAGUGGAGCGUGCACGUCAAGGUCAGAGAGAUGCUGAGGGCAAGCUUUCUUCUAUGGAGGCUGAAUUGCAAAAAAUGAGGGUUGAAAUGGCAGCCAUGAAGAGGGAUGCUGAACAUUAUUCACGUCAGGAGCACAUGGAGCUGGAAAAGCGCUACCGAGAGUUAACUGAUUUGUUGUACUAUAAGCAAACACAGUUAGAAGCCAUGGCUAGUGAAAAAGCUGCAGCAGAGUUUCAGUUGGAGAAGGAGGUAAAGCGGCUUCAAGAAGCACAGGUUGAAGCAGAAAGGUCUAAAGUUUCCCGCCGUGCAUCCUCAUCUUGGGAGGAAGAUGCCGAAAUGAAGGCACUUGAGCCUCUUCCUGUGCAUCACCGUCAUAUGGCAGCAGCAACAAUGCAGUUGCAGAAGGCAGCAAAGAUAUUGGAUUCCGGGGCUGCCAGAGCCACAAGAUUCUUGUGGCGUUAUCCAACAGCUCGACUCAUCUUUCUGUUCUAUAUGGUGUUUGUACACCUAUUCUUGAUGUAUUUAUUGCAUCGCCUUCAGGAACAAGUGGAUAACAUUUCAGCUAGAGAAGUUGCAGAGUCUAUGGGUCUUGCCAACCAAACUUUACCAUGAUACAUGAAGUUGCUUCUAAUCAAAAAAGCAAAAGCCUCAUUUUUGCCUGCAAAAGGUUUGUGUAGCGUUCUUAAAGCAAACCAUGGCUUGUGAAUAUCCAGCAAAUAACAUGGCAAUACUGUUGAGAAGGAAAGUGAAAACCAUCGUAGACUCGUUUGAUUUUCAUACAAGUCAUUCGAAGAAACAGAGAAAUUGGUGAUGGUUAGAAUAGCAUAUUGCUUGAUGUGAAGGCACAAAUUUAUAUGUGCAUGCAAGUCUUGUGUGUUAUUUUCAUGGUCAAUUUGGUGUGCCUGGGGAUUUUACGAUGGGAACCACCAUGCUUGUAGAUCCACACUUUUCUUCACGAAAUGGAAUAUUCUUUUAUUUGUAA